AUGUUCUCCACCACCGUCCAACCAGAGAUACUUUCACUUUUCUCAGCAACGGGUUCUGAGCCUCUGCAACUUUUUUCGGUGUCCUGGGACUCGUCCCUACCAGCCGACUCGUUCGUACAUAGCUUGCAAGACAACACAUCGCUCCCAGCCCCACCAGAACCUUGUGUCCUCAUCAAAGCACCCAUGAGACAAACCGACAAUUCGGACAACAGCGAAACGGGGCAGUCUGGUCUUUGUCUAGCGCAAACUGUCUUGCACAUCCAGUCUCCCACACUGCAAACAACCUAUAUUCGCUGUCCGGCAAACAAGGCAUCUCAACUUGGACUGAAGCAUCCUUGGAUACAUUUGCAAGUCCGGAAUAUGGGUAGAGAAUGGUCGUUCGAAGUUGGUCUCGUUGACCGUGUCGGUCGCGUUGGAGUAGUGCGACUGUCAACUUUCCAGAAAGAGCCUCGUCUCACGCCGUCCACCCCACCGCUUCUCCAUCUUCCACUAUCGUUCCCCUCGAUCUCCUCUCAGCCGCUAACGGCUUGGUCAACCGUCACCCUCCACAUUCCCAGCCUGCUCCCACACUUCUCAUCAGCCGCGCUUGUCGCUCGCGGACACGAUGGACUUCCCGUUCCAUUGGCCAUGUCGAUAUUACCGUCCGGGGCCUUUUCUCAUCUGGCAUUCGUCAAAGUCUAUGCAACAUGCCGUUUGAGGAGAAUAUGGUUCAGUCAUGCAGGUCCAAGCAAGCAGGCUCCGUGGGAGUUCGAGCUCUACGGAGAUGAAUACCGAUAA